UUCACAGAAAAACAAUUGGAAAAAUAUGCCUUAAAAGCUGAAAGAGAAUCGGCUAUACAAAAAGAAAAAAUCAAAAAAGCCCUCCUUCAAGGCAAUCAUGAAGGAGCUCGAAUAUACGCGGAAAACUCGAUUAGGAAACACAACGAGGGAAAUGGUUACCUUAGGAUGGCAUCGAGAGUAAAUGCAGUUCAGGCAAGGGUGCAGACCGCCAUGACUAUGAAUUCAAUGGUGAAAAACAUUAAAGGUGUAACGAAGGAACUAGAAUCUGCUAUGCAAUCCAUGGAUCUAGAACAGGUUGAAAGGAUUAUGAGCAAGUUCGAAACAACAUUUGAAAACCUUGACGUACAUUCGUCAACGAUGGAGAAUUCCAUGGGAAAUGCAGUCACCUUAACCGCACCUGAGGCUCAGGUCUCCAGUCUUAUCAAACAGAUCGCUGACGAGCAUGGCCUUGAGAUAAAGGAUGCCGUCUCUGGUGCUCCAAUUGCCGAAGAUAGUGCCGCAACCUCUGAGCCGACAAAAACUAGAGAUGAUGCGCUGUCACGCCGGCUCCAGAUAGCCGUUUUCAGACAAUGCACGCCGAUUAGUUAA